AACGGGCUCGAACCCUAAGCCCCACCACGUAAUCACUGUAAUUACCAAAAUGCCACUCUUCUUCUCCAAAUUCGCACAACUGGUCCCCCGGCUCCGCCGCCUCUCCACGGCGGCGGCGAACGCCGCCGGCGAGGAUCCUAAGCUGUCGCGGAUCGCGGACGAGCUCCUCGCCCUCUCCCCAGCCGAGCUGGACGACUACGCCGCGCUCCUGCGCCUCAAGCUCCGCCUCUCGCUCACCUCCAGCGCGGCCGCCGGAGGCGCCUCUCCGGCCGGGGCCGGGGACGCCGCGGCGGGAGCGGAGGAGGCAGCCGCGGCGGUGAAGACGGCGUUCGACGUGAAGAUCGAGAAGUACGAGGCUGCGGCGAAGAUAAAGAUCAUCAAGGAGGUGCGCGCGGUGACGGACCUGGGUCUGAAGGAGGCGAAGGAGCUGGUGGAGAAGGCGCCUGUCGUGGUUCGCACGGGGUUGCCCAAGGAGGAGGCCGAGGCGCUCGCGGCCAAGCUCAAGGCCGCCGGCGCCGCCGUAGCACUCGAGUGAUCCCACGAAGGAUACAUUUAUUCUUGGGCCAUGCAACUUAUGGACAUUGACGAGGUACCCAGUCUGGCGGCUGCGCGAGACUCAACAAGCUGGCGUCAAAAGCUCCCAUAUAGAGAAGCAGUUCAUCCUCUUUUCUGUUCUUGCUCUUUCUUCACUGAAUGUGCUGUCGUUCUUUACCCUGUUGGUGCACAUUCAAUUUUCCACAUAUGUUUUCUUUUGACGAGUCCUGAUGGUAGCAGUUUCUUCUACCAUCAGCUGCUCUUACCGCUGAUGUAAUUUUCCACCAUGUGUUGGGGCGGUCCCAGGUCCAACCGCGGCUGCAAUGCGAGAGCGCGACGUGAUGCUUGGUCCGCUGCCAGCUGCAAUGAUCAGAGGGGGGGUGGGUCUCUUGGUGUGGUGGGAACGAUGAUCUUAGGGAUCUCGUGAUCUUACCCUGCGUCGCCAUCGCGGUUGGUUGGUGCGGAGUCAAUUCUGAAAUCUACGCCCCCCCUCUACCUAGGCCAGAUGUUCGGCUUGUCGGGAUUUUGAUCGCUCGCCGUUUUCACUGAUCGAAGUCGCAUUUGACAGUCGUGCAGUUGGUGAGUUGAGAUUUAAUCUCAUGUAUAUAUGUCAGGUG